CACCAUUAAUGAAACGUUAUUAUUCCUAAAAAAACAUAUUUAUUUAGGGUUCAAAGUUAAUCCAAGUCAAGUAAAUACAUAUCGCUCACUUUGAAGUCUUGAAAGACAACGGAAAGAUGGGUACAUCGGCAAGUCACUUAGUAGAAGGCAUUACUACAACAACAAUUGAAGCAAAAUAAUGCCUAGUUUUCAUUGGUUCUGGUAGUUGAUAUCGUUGUGUGAUAAAACUGACUUGUUGAUGUGUCAUUCACACUUAGGGAUUGUUGGAUGCUUCAACACUAUUGGCUGUGAGGACCUGUCUGUAUAUCAAUGUGUUAACUAAUAUGAUAUCGCAAUUUAAUUGGUUGGAAUCUUUGCUUUUGUUUCGUUAUAUAACAAACGAUUGUUUAACAUUUAUGGGUUGAGGAAUUAUGGCUGAUGCUGGCGAGUCAUCUCGUGUGAUUUUGAUCCCGAUUGAUGGCAGUGAUCAUUGUGAUCGAGCAUUUCGUUGGUACUUGGAAAAUAUGAAACGUGACACUGACUGCAUAACAUUUGUACACGUAAUAGAGCCAGUUUAUAACACUCCAGCCAUUGGAAUGACAAUGGAAUCUCCUCCAAUACCUGACAUGACACGAGUUAUGGAAGAAAGCAUUGAACAAGGUAAAAAGCUUGGUCAGAAGUAUAUGCACGAAGCUAAAAGUCACAAGCUCAAUGCUAAGGCGUUUUUACAUGUUGAUACCAAACCUGGUAGCUCUCUGGUAAAAGCAAUUUCAGACCAUAAGGCAAACGUUAUUCUGAUGGGCAAUCGUGGUCUUGGAGCUAUUCGUCGUACAUUCUUGGGGAGUGUUAGCGAUUAUGUUCUUCACCAUGCUCAUAUUCCUGUAGUUAUCGUCCCACCUCAAGAGAAGCAGUAACUUUUUCUUCAAUUAUAAUAUCCAUUCUCCAUUUAAGAGUUAGAAACUAUUACUUUGUAAUGUAUCGUCUUUCAAUAUGAGAUUAUCGAUACUUUGAAUUUAGUUAAUUUAUACAUACUACCUGUGAUAUUUUAUAAACGACAAAUUAUAUUAAAACAAGAUACGUUGCUUAGUUACUGUCGAGUAUUUUGACAACUCUGUGUAUAAUGCACCAAUAAGAUUUACAUUUUUACUGAAAAUCAUAUGACAUAUUUAAUUUCAG